AUGGGCUCAGUCAUCGACCUUGACAGUCCUUUGCCAACUCGGCGGCCACGCAUCGCUGUCACACUUGGCGACCCCUCUGGAGUUGGCCCCGAGCUGAUCGCAAAACUUCUGAGCAAUCCCGAAAACCCCAAGAGGGCAGAUAUUUUCUUGCUGGCAGACCAGUGUGAGCUGGAAUCGGCUGUGCAAGAUGCCGGAAAUGUCAAGGUACUUGUCUCGACUGCGCCGGCGGGGCCAAACGCCGCACAGCUUCUCGAUGACAACUCGUCAGGCGAUUACAAGACGGAGCGUGCCAAAGAGUCGCGCGACAGUGGUGCCCGGUGCAUGCACCAGCUGAGGCGGGCGCUGAAGCUCGUCGAGCAGGGCAAGAUUGAUGCGAUUGUCUUUGGACCUCUCAACAAGAGCUCGCUGAAGAUGGCGGGCAUGAAGGAGGAGGACGAGCUGCGGUGGUUCGCGAAGCAGCUCAACUACGCCGGGACCACCAGCGAGAUCAACAUUGCUGGACCGCUGUGGACGGGCAGGGUGACGAGCCACAUCGGCAUUGAGGACGUUGCCGCUCGGAUCACCACCGAGAGCACCGUCGAGGCGAUUCAGCUGCUGAACCGACUGAGGUGGGAGUCUGGUCUGGCCGCCCCCCGUCUAGGAGUAUGCGCCCUGAACCCACACAACGGUGAGAACGGCGCAUUUGGACGGCAGGAGAUUGAGGCAAUCCGACCCGCGGUCAAGAUUGCACGCGAGGAACUGGGCAUCGACGCGCAGGGACCGUUCCCAUGCGACACAAUCUUCUUGAAGCGGGAGCACUUUGAUGGUAUCGUGACCAUGUACCACGACCAAGGCCAGAUCGCGAUGAAGCUGCUGGGGUUCGAUGGUGGUGUCACGAUCCAGGGCGGCCUGCCGAUCCCCGUGGCCACACCUGCGCACGGUACUGCGUUUGAUAUUGCUGGGAAGAACCUGGCGGCUAUCACGAGUACGCAAAAUGCAUUCAGUAUUGCGACGACCAUGGCAGAGCGUAUCAUUCUGCGGGAUUCGCUCAAAGAUGGUACUGGGGCGGGCGAAGCGGCGCCGUUCAGCCCUGUCAAAGCGAAAUCGUUGCUUACGUCGACCGUUGUGGAUAUCCCGUCGUGUUGCUAG